AUCAGCAUCGAAGGGCAAGAAUCAACUUGAAUAGCACGAAGCGGCUGGAAACAAAGCAGAAGUUUUUAAGGAAGGACAGAUCCAGUUGAGCAUACUGUGAAGAGAAUGACGAAGCAUCCAUCAGUGAUGGAGGUUCCAGCGAAGUUGCUGAGUUUCAUGUUCUUAUCAGCGAUAUGCUUACCUUCGGUGCUGGGAGGUCGUUUCUUCCUUCCAUCGCUGCCGCCUCUCCCAUCGCUUCCUACUCGUCUUCCAUCGCUGCCUCCUCUCCCAACUCUUUCCAUUCAUCUUCCUUCGUUGCCUCCUCUUCCAACUCAUCUCCCGACGCUGCCGCCUCUUCCGAGCCUGCCACCUCUGCCCACUCUUCCUCCUACUCAUCUCCCGACGCUGCCACCUCUCCCAGCCCAUCUUCCAAGCCUGCCACCUCUGCCCACUCUGCCCACUCAUCUUCCAACUCUGCCACCUCUCCCCGCCCAUCUUCCGAGCCUUCCUCCUCUUUCCACUGUUCUUUCUCAUCUCCCAAAGCCUCCUCCGUUCCCCCAUGUUCCUUCCCAUGGUUCAGCGCCAUCUCCUCUUCAUUCUAUCUCCAGUUCUCCUACUCCUGCGGCUUCUUAAACUCCUCCUCCUCCUCAAUCUAAAGCACCGUCUCUAGCUCAUUCCUCUUGAUUUGAGUCGAACUUUCGCCAAUAGACUCUUGGCAUGGUCAAACAACAUUGGGACACACUCCAUUUUUCAGCAACGGGUGAUCUACCUGUCUUCUGGUUUUACAGCAACAAUUUCUAUUUCACAGCCUUUGGAUGCCAUCUUCUUCAGUCUCGUCCAUCGUGGACUGCUCGCUUCGAACAUAAAAGUGCCAGCCGUCUCCAACACCUGCCGUUUCUAUGGAGGGACUCUAGGACGACAAUAAUUUGGGGAUUUGUUUCAUGUGCCGAUGUAUCCCACUGCAAUAUGUGUCCUACACAAUUUACUGCUCUUUCAAGGCACCCAGCAUGCAAUGUAUUCGAAGCACGCUGUACAUUGCCGACACUCGUGUAGCAGGAUGUAGAUCGGCGCCUACCCUACCUCUCGGGACUUGGUCAGAGGCAAACUUCAGUUCUUUGCAGAAAAAGAGUGCAAAAACAUGUGACUGCAAAUUUGUCAUAAGUGAAAAUGAAAUAAUAUGUCUCCCGAAGAAAAAUAUAAACUGUUCGGUACGAAUUUUGAUCAAGCAAUAAAGACCACAAUGUUCUUUACA